AAAACAAAAUAUCAGAAAGAAGGGAAAUUAAGUCUUGAAAACAUAAAGGUAGUUCUUCCUUAGGAUGAGCUAAAGAGCUAAAAUCUCUCUUCUUCAAAAGGAGGCACUAUGGCUACGGAGCUUCUGUCAUUUGGAAUACAAAAUCUUUGGAACCUACUGAGCCAUGAACACAAACAAUUUCAGGGAGUUGAAGAUCAAGUUGAUGAACUAAAAACUGAUCUAGGCAGAUUAAAGUCAUUUAUGCAAGACGCAGAGGCUAAAAAGCAUACAAGUGCGAGGGUGAAGAACUGUGUGGAAGUGAUCAAGGAAAUCAUUUUUGACGCGGAAGAUAUACUUGAAACUUUUAUCCUAAAAGACCAACUCCAAAAAAGUGGUGGCAUCAAGGAGCGUAUGAGAAGACUUGCUUGCAUCAUUCCUGAACGCAGGGAAAUCGCAUUAGAAAUUGGAAGCUUAAGUAAUAGGAUCUCUAAGGUGAUUCGUGAUAUGGAAACUCAAGGAGUACAACAGAUUAUUGGCGACAUGAGGGAUCCAGAACCUCUUCCUGAAAGAAAAGAAUUCGCUAGACAGGAAAAAAGCAAUCUUGUGGGGCUGGAAGAAAACGUAGAGAAGUUGGUUGGAUAUUUGGUGGAGGAAGAUGAUGAUCCAAUUGUUCUAGUGACCGGGAUGGGUGGUCUUGGGAAAACCACCCUUGCUAGACAAGCUUUUCAUCACGACAAGGUUAGGGAGAAGUUUGAUAGACUUGUGUGGGUAUGUGUUUCACAAGUUUGUGAUCGGAAGAAUGUGUGGCAAAAUAUCUUGCAAAGUUUCAGAACCAAAGCAGAAGAAAACGAAAUCAUGCAGAUGAAAGAAGAAAGACUCCAAGAUGAACUCUCUAGAUUGUUGGAAACAUCAAAAUCAUUAAUUGUCAUUGAUGACAUAUGGAAAGAAGAAGAUUGGAACCUAAUCAAGCCAAUAUUUCCACACAAAAAAGGUUGGAAAGUGCUACUUACUUCACGAAAUGAAAGAGUCGCUGGACGUGAAGAACCAUUUAUCAACUUCAAACCAGAAUGCCUAUCUGAUGAAGACAGUUGGACACUUUUCCAAAGAAUAGCGAUGCCAAUGAAAAAUGCAUCCGAACCGAAGAAAGUUGCUAAGGAAAUGGAAGAGAUGGGUAGACGAAUGCUUAAACAUUGUGGGGGAUUGCCUUUGGCUGUCAGGGUGUUAGGAGGAUUGUUGGCUGAAAAUUACACAGAACUCUACUGGGAACGAGUAUCUAAGAAUAUUGAAUCUCAUCUCGUUGGAAGAGCCAAUGACGGCAACAACAAUUUAUUGAACCGUGUAUUGUCUCUGAGCUUUGAAGAGCUGCCUAGUCAUUUAAAGUAUUGCUUCCUCUACUUGGCCCAUUUUCCAGAAGAUUACGAAAUAAGUAUCGAAAAAUUGCACUAUUACUGGGCUGCAGAAGGAAUAAUCAAGUAUACCAAUGGAGAGAGCAUUAGAGAUGUUGGAGAUAGCUACAUAGAAGAAUUGGUAAAGAGAAAUAUGGUUAUAUCUGAAAGAGUCAGUACCACUUGGAGAUUUGAAGAAUGCCGUUUGCAUGACUUGAUGAGAGAUCUUUGUUUGUCAAAAGCAAAAGAAGAGAACUUCCUACAAAUUGUCGGUAACAGCUCCCCGUCUGUUAGUACAUCUCGGAGAUUUGUCUCACAUGAACCGUCUGCAUUACAUGUUGAGAGAGAGAGAAAUAAUUCAAAGGUUCGAUCUCUCAUUGUUCUCAAGAAGUAUUUGACGAAAUACGGUUGUAAAGUUUCCUGUGUAAGCUUUACAAGGUUACAAGUGCUGAGAGUAUUACAUCUCCCUAGAGUCACUUUCAAAGGAAGGAAGUUACCUUCUGGCAUUGGAAAGCUCAUCCACUUAAGAUAUCUGAGCUUAGAAGGUGCGGACAUAUCUUAUCUACCCUCUUCUAUAGGAAAUCUAAAGUUGCUGAUCUAUCUAAAUUUAGAUGUGUUUAGAAGUCCUAUAUUUGUGCCUAAUGUCUUGAAGGGGAUGAAAGAAUUGAGAUACCUUAGAUUACCAUAUGCUAUGCAUAUGAAGACAAAGUUGGAAUUGAGCCAUCUAGUAAACUUGGAGAUCUUGACUAAUAUCUCAACAGAGAAUUGCAGUUUAGAGGAUCUUUGUGGUAUGACCAUGUUGAGGAUUCUUCAAAUCAGAUUAACUGGUGAGAGCAGUUUAGUAACCCUAUCUGCAUCGAUAGGUGGAGCUAGACACCUGGAAACUCUUGAUAUAAGACUUAGCGGGGCUGCUAAGGGGACGAAAGAAUGGAGAAGUCUAUUCGAAUUCCUUAAUCUCCAACAGCUGAAUUUGGUGAUAAAUAUUCCAUUGUUAUCUGAUGAAUUACAAUUUCCUUCAAGCCUUACAACCCUAUUUCUAGAGGGGUGUCGUUUGGAGGAGGAUCCGAUGCCCAUUCUAGAGAAGUUUGGUAAAUUGAAAAUUGUUCGUUUGCAUGGAAAUUCUUUCUGUGUGAGGAGAAUGGUUUGCUCUAGGGGUGGGUUCCCUCAGUUGCAGUCACUACAUUUUUUUGAAUUAGAUGAGUGGGAAGAAUGGAUAGUAGAAGAAGGCUCCAUGCCCCUUCUCAAUUCUCUUGAGAUUUGGUUUUGCAAGAAACUAAAGGAGAUUCCUGAUGAUGUGCUGCGAUCCUUAAAGGAUCUGAGUUUUUAUGAUAUGGGAGAGGAUUGUAAGAAUAGAUGGUCGGAAGGAGGAGCAGAUUAUUACAAAGUCAAACACAUCCCUUCUGUGUACAUGUAUAACCAACUCAAUGAAUGAAUUCUGGAACUAGCAGAUUAUGAUGGUUUUCAGUUUCAUCAACUGGAUGAAGCCCUUGAAGCCGACCAUGAUCUGAACUGAAUCUCGUACCAACUCGGGCACCAGCGAAUCAACCGAAUAAUAAACGAGACUAUGUUAUGCUUUGUGGUUUGGAUCAAAACUGUUUUUUUUUUUUUAAAGUUGUAUGUUUUAUGUUUGCUGGUUUGAGUAUUGAAUGAUACACUUAUCUAAACCUUGUGUGUUGCUGUAUAAUGAAACCUUGUGGUUUGUAUCAAAACUGUUUCUUUUUUA